AUUUUGUCGAUGGGGACUGGUAGUAGCCGCCCAUAACUUUUGGUGAAUUAUGGCGACGAUAACAGCACCACAACAGCACCACCAUCCAACAUCACUAGAGGAAGUCCGUACGCUUUGGAUAGGAGAUGUUCAGUCUUGGGUCGACGAGUCUUACCUCAACUCUUGCUUUGCACACACCGGCGAGCUAGUCUCAAUAAAAAUUAUACGCAACAAGAUCACUGGCCAGCCUGAGGGAUAUGGGUUUGUGGAGUUUGUUUCUCAUCAAGCAGCAGAAAGGAUACUUCAGAGUUACCAUGGUACACCGGUGCCUGGAACUGAUCAAAUGUUUAGGUUAAAUUGGGCAUCCUUUGGCACUGGUGAAAGACGAACUGACCCUGGGCCUGAGCAUUCUAUUUUUGUUGGGGAUUUGGCACCAGUUGUUACAGAUUAUCUAUUGCAAGAGACCUUUCGUGCUCACUAUCCAUCUGUUAGAAGUGCCAAGGUUGUGAUUGAUCCAAGUACUGGACACUCAAAGAGUUAUGGCUUUGUUAAAUUUGCUGAUGAGAUGGAGAGAAAUCGUGCUAUGACUGAGAUGAAUGGUGUCUAUUGCUCAACUAGAGCUAUGCGUAUUAGUGCAGCAACACCAAAGAAGAGCACUGCUGGUUUUCAGCAGCAAUAUGCUGUCGCAAAAGCUGUAUAUCCAGUUCCAACUUACACAACUCCUGCGCAAGUGCUUCCACCUGAUAAUGAGAAUGCUAAUACCACAAUUUUUGUUGGCAACUUGGAUCCAAAUGUUACAGAAGAGGAAUUGAAGCAAUUUUUUUCAACAGUAGGAGAGAUUGUCUAUGCCAAGAUUCCUGCAGCAAAAGGGUGUGGUUUUGUACAGUUUGCAACCAGGGCAUCUGCUGAAGAAGCCAUACAUAGGAUGCAGGGGCAAAUGAUUGGUCAACAAGUUGUUUGCAUUUCCUGGGGUAGGAGCCCAACAACAAAGCAGGACCUACCUGGUGCCUGGGGUACACAAGUUGAUCCGAAUCAGUGGAGCACCUACUAUGGUUAUGGACAAGGUUAUGAUGCUUAUGGUUAUGGAGCUACCCAGGAUCCCUCUUUGUAUGCAUAUGGUGCAUAUGUCGGAUAUGCACAAUAUCCUCAACAGGUUGAAGGUUCUCAAGAAAUGGCAGCUAUGACAAGUGCCGUUCCAGGUAUCGAACAAAGCGAUGAGUCAUAUGAUCCAUUGGCUACGCCUAAUGUUGAUAAGUUGAAUGCUACCUACCUCUCUGUUCAUGGAAGUGCCAUAUUAGGUCGGUCCUUAUGGCUGAGAACUUCCUUCUCGCCGCAAGCUUGAACCUCUUCUUUCCCCAACUGGUCCCUGUAUGUUUUGUUGCGUAGAUUAGGAGAGAAUAUAGCAUCGAUUCAAGGUGGACUGCCCUUUGUUGAUAAAAAGAACGUUGGCUCUUUUUGCAACGUGUGUGAAUGAAGAACAGCUGAAAUACCUGACAAAAUGAUGAAAAUAUAUGGUAUUUAGUUUUUUUUUAU